AAAUAAAUAAAAAGAAAAAAAUAGAAGAGUUAUAGAAGUUACAUUGUAUUCGUAUUUGUAUAAUUUUUCAUAUUUGAUUAUAUGUAUAUGUACAUAAAAUCAAAAUUAUAUAUCUUUUACUUCGUUAAUUGACAACAAUUUUAUGGAUAAUGGCUACUAGUUUAGAUGUUAAAAUUGAAUUUAAACAAUUGUGUGAUACCUUGGAAAAUGCUAUAAAAGUACAAGGAAUAGAAAAGAAAGGGCAAAUCUUAGAAACAUUUAUUGACAAUUGUCGAAAGAUUGGCAACAAACUGAAAACUGAAUAUCCUGAAUCGGAUGUUUCGCUAUAUCCAAUAUUAAGAUUAAUAUUACCUGAUCUUGAACGAGAGCGUGGACCACAUAAUCUGAAACAAGUUUCAUUAGCAAGACUUUACGCUCGUGUAUAUGGUUUUGUAAAAAACAGCGACAAUUAUAAAAAGCUGGAAAAUUAUCGAGAGCCUAUGCCAGGCAAAUUUAUGAGAAAUGAUUUCGCUGAUCGAGCUUAUCAGGUAUUAGAUAAAAGAUUACCCAAAACAAGUACUGGAUUCACGAUUGCGCAGAUGAAUAUAUUUCUCGAUGAUAUAUCGAAGAAAGAUGCGACAAUGUCACAAAAAAUUGAAACGUUUAGAGUACUUUUUCGACAUAUCACAGGAUUCGAAAUGAAAUGGGUAACACGAAUCGUACUUAAGGAUCUACGACUUGGUAUAGGAACGAAAAGAAUAUUGCACAUUUAUCAUCAAGAUGCGAAUGAAAAGUUUCUCGUGACGAAUGAUUUGCGUGAGAUUUGCAACCAGUUGCACGAUCCUAAUACGAAAAUAAAAUGCGGCAUACAAAUAUUUUCGCACUUCAAACCGAUGCUCCUAGAGAGAUGUGACAUCAAGAAUAUCGAAAAGCUAUUUCGGGAUAAUGGCUUAUACUAUGUACAAACUAAAUACGAUGGCGAAAGAUCACAACUUCAUAUGAAAGAUGGAAAGUUCAAAUAUUUUACUCGUAGAGGAUAUGAUAUUACAAAAAAUUCUGGAUAUGGAGAAACCGGAUCGUCGGGUUUCUUGACCAGUGUAUUUACACGGCGUUUAAAUCCGAAUUGUCAUUCUUUUAUAUUGGAUGGAGAAUUAAUGGGUUGGCAUAAAGAAAAAAGAACAUUUGGCACGAAAGGUAUGAAUUUCGACGUUAAGAAUUUGUCAGAGAGUAGUCAUCAUCAACCGUGUUUCGUUGCAUUCGAUGUUAUUCUACAUAAUGACAUUUUACUUGUUGAUAAGCCUUACAAAGAUCGAUUAAAACUACUCGAUGAUAUAUUCACCGCAGAAGAAGGUUCCUUACUUGUAUGUCCGUUUUCUUUAAUUUCGAAUAGGGAGGAAUUGAUAGAGGCAUUUAAUGAAUGCCUCCGUAAUGACGAAGAAGGACUUGUUAUAAAGAAAUAUGAUAUGAAAUAUAAACCAAAUGUCCGAGAUGGUGGCGGUUGUUAUAAGAUUAAAGCAGAGUAUUCGGACAGUUUGAUACAAGAUAUAGAUCUGAUUAUACUUGGCGGUUACUACGGAGAAGGCAAAUAUACCGGAAUAAUUAAAAGCUUUAUGAUGGGCGUUGCUGCUCCAACAAGCAACGAAGAAGAAAAUCCAUCGCGAUUUUUUGCUGUAGUAUCCGUAAGCUCUGGAAUAAGCGACAAAAUGCUCCAUGAUCUUCAAACAAAAUUUGCAUCACAUUGGACCAAAGAAUGUCCUGAAAAUAUCACUGGUCCUAGGGGAAAACAGCCGGAUGUGUGGAUCCAUCCGAAAGAUUCUAUAAUUUUGACAAUACGAGCAACCGAAAUGAUACGCAGUAAUGAAUAUCCGAUUGGAUAUAGCUUGCGUUUUCCUAGAGUUGUAAAUAUCAGGAAGGAUAAGCCAUGGUACAGUCCAUGUACCAGUUCUGAACUUUUAUUAUUAGUCAAAAACAAGGGAAUGAUCCAAAAAUUAACCAAGCGAGAAGCUACUUUGAGCGAUGUGGACGACGCACCGAUACUUAAAUUGCAAAGGACAGUAAGUCGUAAUAAAUUAAUUGAACAUGUGUUCCCUGAACGAAUAGUACCGCUCACACGACUAUUAGAUGGAAAGGAAAUUUGUGUAAUAAACGGUACCGAUGAAUUAGCGAAGGAGCAAAUUGAGGAGACACUGCAGCAGCAUAGCGCAAGAAUUGUUCAGAAUCCAAUGAAUACAACUUUUUGCGUAAUAGUAGGCAAUAAUAGAACUAUACGAGGGAAGGAAGUAAUAAAUAGUGGAAAAUACGACGUUGUAACUUUGGAUUGGUUUAAACGCGUUACUAAUCAAUCUGAUUUGUCCUCGUUGGGAGAUUUUUUGCCGUGGGAAUUAUUAUGUAGUCGAGACAUAACUAAGCGUCGACUUGAGGCGAACUACGAUGAAUAUUAUGAUAAUUUUAUUGUUAACGCGGAUGAAGAGACUUUGAAACGUUCGUUCGACAAGAUUGCGAAUUCGCUUGCGGAUCAGUUUACCGUUGAGCAGAGGAAAGAAAUGGACAAGGAAUUGUUCAACGGAAAUGCGUCGCCCUAUUCACUGUUUAGAGAUAUAAUUGGAUUCUUCGAAAAUCAAUCAUGUUGCACUAAAUUUAAAUUCCGUUUCAUGUCAGGUACGAUUAAAGAUAAUAUUGAUAAUUCCGUUUCGCAUAUAUUCGUAGAGGAUGAUAAAUCAAAUAAUAUUGUGGAAAAUUUGAAAGUACAUAAUUUAACGUCUGUGAAAAUUGUUAAAUGUAAAUGGAUCGAGGAAUGUUUCCGAAAUGGUCGAAUAUGUGAUAUUACAGACUAUCUGAUCGAUUAUUAGAUGUAUUUAAACUACACGUAUAUGUAAAAAUAAAGAUAGUGAAAAAGAGUUUCAUAAUA